GAGGAGGAGGAGGAGGAGGCGGCGGCGGCGACCCCGCGGGCUCAGUCUGCUGCCAAUUCACAGAAAGGGAAGAGAAUGGCUGCAAAGGAGAAGUUGGAGGCAGUAUUAAACGUGGCCCUGAGGGUCCCGAGCAUCAUGCUGUUGGAUGUCUUGUACAGAUGGGAUGUCAGCUCAUUCUUCCAGCAGAUCCAAAGAAGUAGCCUGCACAACAACCCUCUCUUCCAGUACAAGUACUUGGCCCUUAAUAUGCAUUAUGUGGGUUACAUCUUGAGCGUUGUGCUCCUAACUUUACCAAGGCAACACCUGGUUCAGCUUUACCUGUACUUUUUGACUGCACUGCUGCUUUAUGCUGGGCACCAAAUUUCCAGGGAUUAUGUAAGAAGCGAAUUGGAAUCAGGAUAUGAGGGACCAAUGUACUUGGAGCCUCUCUCUAUGAACCGCUUCAUGACUGCUUUAGUAGGGCAGCUGGUGGUGUGUACGCUCUGCUCCUGCGUCAUGAAAACCAAGCAGAUCUGGCUGUUCUCUGCCCACAUGCUCCCUCUCCUGGCACGGCUCUGCCUCGUCCCGCUGGAAACCAUCGUCAUCAUCAACAAAUUCGCCAUGAUUUUCACUGGUUUGGAAGUUCUCUACUUUCUGGCAUCAAAUCUUCUGGUGCCCUAUAACCUGGCAAAAUCUGCGUACAGAGAGCUUGUCCAGGUGGUGGAAGUGUACGGGCUCCUGGCGUUGGGAAUGUCUCUGUGGAACCAGCUGGUCGUCCCAGUGCUCUUCAUGGUGUUUUGGCUUGUUUUAUUUGCUCUUCAGAUCUAUUCCUAUUUCAGUACACGGGACCAGCCUGCCUCGAGAGAGAGGCUCCUCUUCCUCUUCUUGACCAGUAUUGCCGAAUGCUGUAGCACUCCGUACUCACUGCUGGGAUUGGUCUUCACAGUCUCUUUUGUUGCUCUGGGAGUUCUGACUCUCUGCAAGUUUUACUUGCAGGGUUACCGAGCAUUCAUGAAUGAUCCUGCUAUGAACAGGGGAAUGACUGAAGGAGUCACACUCCUGAUCCUGGCUGUGCAGACAGGUUUGAUUGAGCUCCAAGUUGUGCAUCGGGCGUUCCUGCUCAGUAUUAUUCUUUUCAUUGUGGUGGCAUCCAUACUUCAGUCCAUGCUGGAAAUUGCUGAUCCCAUUGUCUUGGCAUUGGGAGCCUCAAGGGACAAGAGUCUGUGGAAGCACUUCCGAGCAGUCAGCCUCUGUCUGUUCUUACUCGUGUUCCCUGCAUACAUGGCCUACAUGAUUUGUCAGUUUUUCCACAUGGAUUUCUGGCUGUUGAUCAUUAUCUCCAGCAGUAUUUUAACCUCUCUUCAGGUGCUUGGGACACUCUUCAUUUAUGUUUUGUUUAUGGUGGAGGAGUUCAGAAAAGAGCCAGUGGAAAACAUGGAUGACGUGAUUUAUUACGUGAACGGCACGUACCGGCUGCUGGAGUUCCUGGUGGCUCUCUGUGUGGUGGCCUACGGAGUCUCGGAAACCAUCUUUGGUGAAUGGACCGUGAUGGGUUCUGUGAUCAUCUUCAUUCACUCCUACUACAAUGUGUGGCUGCGGGCCCAGCUGGGCUGGAAGAGUUUCCUUCUUCGAAGGGACGCUGUGAAUAAGAUAAAAUCACUGCCCGUGGCCACGAAAGAGCAGUUGGAGCAGCACAAUGAUAUCUGUGCCAUCUGCUACCAGGAUAUGAAAACUGCUGUAAUCACACCAUGUAGCCAUUUUUUUCAUGCGGGUUGUCUUAAGAAAUGGCUGUACGUGCAAGAAACCUGCCCUCUGUGCCACUGCCAACUGAAGAGCCCUUCACAGCUACCAGGACUGGGACCAGAGCCAGUGCAACAGCCAAAUCCUAGUGCAGAGCGAAACACCAGGCCUGGAGAUGCAGCUGAGCCACCUGGUGCUGAGUGUGACAACAGGCCAAGUGUGACAGACAGCCCAAGCAGGGGCAAGGGCCAGGCUGCUGAUGGACACGACGGCCUGGAGGCCUCUGCCCAUCCAGGGGCGUCUCACAGCAUGGACAGUGACACAAGCCCCUGUGAGGCCACCCAGGGAGCAGCUUGUGCUGCAGAACUACUUGCAGCCCAGGAGGGAUGCCCUGCUCGAGAUCUAAGGGUUUGUGUCCAGCUCUGAGGCUACACAGGAUGACACGGGAACAAACACAUUUCAGAGAUCCACGUUUGACUCCGAAGAAAACCAGUCCUUCCACAGCUGUGAAAGAAGUGUAGCUAUUAAUGCUGGUCAAAAUGUAAUCUCCCAUGCUGAAUUUUAUGGGCUGCUUGGUAGUGGUAACUCCAGUGAGAUGUAGUAGAAAUGACUCCAGAAGCUCUCUGAACUGUGGGCAUAGGAAGGAUGUCUGGAAAUAAUUAGCAGUGAAGAAGAGUGUUUUCAAGACGUAGGUGAGGGGUAAGAGAAGCGAAAGGUCUGUGAGAGGUUGUAGCCAGGCUGACAGAACGCUGUCAGUUGGUUUUGGUCAGGAAGAGGGGUUGCAUACAGCCAUGUCCCGGGGUCCUGAGGGGCGUUAAAGGCCAUGAGUUGCCAGUCUCUGACUGACGCGCAGCUUUGGCUGCCGACGUUUUCUUAUGGCACGUAAACAAAAAUCAGAGAUGUAAAACGGCAGCGAUUGUACGAGAAGAUGGAAGCACUCUUAAUACGUCGUGUGUAUGCUUUGGGUGUUCUUGGGGCAGUUGCAUUUGAAUUCAUGUAAUCUAUAGUGACUCUUGACUUUUAUGACGGAGUCGUCAAUAUUUUGAUGUAUAUGAAACUUUUGCUAAUAAUGGGCGCAGUCUGGGCUGCAUGAAGUAAACUAAAGCUCUAAUGAACACUUUGACCUCUGCUGCCAUGUGCAAGGAGGAAAGUGGGAUGAGUUUUAGGGCACGGAUAGAGGCCUGGCAGUACUGUGCUGUGUAAUGUUUAAUCCUUGCAGCUGAAUUAAAACAGUAUUAAACUCUGGCGAUAUUUGCACUUUGGGAAUGAGUACAUUAUUGUGUAUGAUCAGACUCCGCAAAUGCCACUUUUAAAGCUGUUAAUAGGUUUGCACCUUUUUUUCUUUGACAAGGACAUGUCCAUACUUAAAUUUUUACAUUCAUCAUGGCUUCAAGUAGAGCAAGGGACUGGGGUGGGGAAAUAGGCGGGAGUAGGGGGCAGGCAAUUUUUUUAUGUGAAUUUUGAUAUGAAGAGAAAUUAGUCACUUAUUUAUACGAUAGGCUUGACUCAAGUGUUUUUCAAAGUCGGUAUUCCUAAUGUGAAAUGUGAUACUAUUUUAUUUUUAGUAGUAAAUUUGGAUGUAGACUGACAGACAUAGUUGAAUGUCUUAAUAAAUUACAUUUGAAGAUUUUUA